UUUGAACACGAGUGCGCUUCACAAGUCGGGUUCGGCAUUUCAAAUUCAUUUUUCAAAUAAUUACCCGGAAAACUUCACAUUUCUACCGCAGUUUACGUCUCAUACCGUUCAGUAAAUCAUGGCCAAUUACAAUCCAGUUGAUCUCGUCGAGGAGGACGCCGCAGAUCUGCAAUUUCCCAAAGAGUUCGAGAAUGCCGAAACGCUGCUGAUCAGCGAGGUCCACAUGCUGUUGGAGCACCGCAAGAACCAGAACGAAAACUCCGAGGAGGAGCAGGAAUUUUCCGAAGUGUUCCUCAAAACGUACAACUACACCGGCAUGUUCCGCAAGUUCAAGAACAAGGAAACCAUCGCCAGCGUCCGAAGUCUGCUAAUGUCCAAGAAGCUGCACAAAUUCGAACUGGCAGCGUUGGGGAACCUCUGUCCGGAAGCUCCCGAUGAAGCCAAGGCUCUCAUCCCGUCGCUGGAGGGACGCUUCGAAGACGAAGAACUCCGGCAAAUCCUGGACGACAUCGGCACGAAGCGAAGCUUGCAGUAUUAGGCGGGUGUUCUCAUUAUUUAAUAUUCCACAAAAAAAUGACGACUAUGAGGUAAUUGCAUUUCUAAGGUGAUUUGUUUCAAUAAAAUUGUGUGCUGAGCAGCAUAAACUUGGUGAAAACAUAA